AUGGGCUUGUGGAACCACAGCACCAUCACCCAGUUCCUUCUCCUUGGGCUAUUUACUGACCCUCAUGCCCAGGCUGCACUCUUUGUGCUGUUUCUGAACAUUUACCUGCUGACCAUCAUGGGGAACCUGCUGCUGGUGGUGGUGAUCAGAGCUGACUCUCACCUCCACAUGCCCAUGUACUUUUUCCUCAGUCACCUCUCUUUCCUGGGCUUUUGUUUAUCUUCAGUUACUGUGCCUAAGAUGCUGAAAGAACUCCUAGCAGAGAUAAAAACCAUCUCAGUAAGGGGCUGCCUGGCUCAAGGUUUCUUUGUGUUUAUCCCUGCAGGAACUGAGGGCAUUCUACUCUCAGUGAUGGCCUAUGACCACUUUGCUGACAUCUGCCAUCCUCUGCUCUAUGGACAGAUGAUGAGGAAACAACUGUGUGUACAGCUUGUGUGGGUCUCAUGGGGCUUGGGUGGUUUGAAUUCACUUAUCAACAUCCUCCUAGCUACCAGCUUGGACUUCUGUGAGAGCCAUACCACCAGCCACUAUAGCUGUGAGGUGCCCUCUCUCUUCCCUUUGUCCUGCUCUGAUGUCUUCACCAACCUCAUAGUGCUGCUCUGCUCCACUCUGCUUCAUGGGCUUGGGACCUUCUUAACAAUCAUUUCAUCCUAUGCCUGCAUUGUCUCCACCAUCCUGAGCAUCAGCUCCUCCUCAGGCAGAAGCAAAGCCUUCUCCACAUGCUCCUCUCACCUCAUUGUGGUGAACUUCUUCUAUGGAUCUGCUUUUCUCAGCUAUCUGAUGCCAACUUCUGGAUACCCCCUAGAGUUGAUCUUCUCUAUACAGUAUGGUGUGACCAUUCCCAUGCUGAAUCCCCUAAUCUACAGCCUGAAGAACAAGGAGGUGAAGGCAGCUGUGAGAAGGAAAUUGCAACCUAUUUGCCAUAUUCUAGGUGCAAAAGGAAAGCUAGAGGAUAAUAUGAUACCAGCCACACAUUGUGUGAGCUAA